AUGCCAGCAGCUACCGAGCAUCCAGUGCCUGUAGUAUUCGAGUCCGAGACGGAGGAGUACUUCAAACACAACCAGAUCUACGAGACUGUGCGACAGUUACUGCAAGACGUACUCCUCCAGAGACCGACCGACCCACUACACUUCAUGGCCGACUGGCUCAAUCAUGGCGGCAACAAAGGGAGAUUCAUACUGUUGGCUCCACCAAGCAUCGAUCUCAAUAGCCUCUGUGACUCUGUGAUCGCCAUGAGGAAGGCCGAGGACGAUGGUGCUGAAGUGGCGCAUAUCAAAUACAGCGACGUCUGCCGCGGGAUCACAGAUCCUUCACGCCCGGAUGCUGACAGCAAGAUAGCGGAAGCGAUGGCGGCCGCUGUGGAGGCUGAAGAGGCCAACCACAAAGCCUGGAUCAUCUCGGGCUUCCCCAACACGCGAGCUCAAGCACGACUAAUGUUGACGAAGUGGCGCAUUGUCCCUGACCGAGUUUUGCUAUUAACCUUGCCUGAGGGCUACGAACAUGUUAAGGUUGCCACUGAUGAGAAGAUCGAGGGGCUCUACGAGGAACGCGUCCCCGGAUUGAGGGAAGUUCUGAGGAACAUAUCUACCGAGAUGGAAGUCGACCCAUGCAAUGAGGAAGACACAGCUCAGCGGAUGUAUGACCUUUUGUUUGAUAGAGACGGGAGCAGCACGACCAGGAAGGAGGCGUAG